AUGACAAGAGCAGAUGACAAAAAAAAUGUCCAGUCGAAUGAAUUACCCAUCGAAAUUUGUGGUCAAAUUCUUUCAUUCCUUCCCAUUCUUCCGUGGUUCUUCAAGGCCUGUCGUGUAUGUAAAGCAUGGAAGGAACAAGUGGAACGAUUAUUAACGUCUUACGAAAAAGAAUUGGACCGAUAUCAUUUUCAUUUACAUUUUGGAUAUGUGGAUGCAUCAAAAUUUGCAUUUCAUGUCUCGGAAUGGUACAAUUAA